GACUGACCUCCAAAAGUCUGACCUUCACAGGCGCUGUAUCAUGUCCAGAUAGGACACCGCCAGUGUGAGAAUCAUCCCAAGACAGCUGCUCCAAGGGGUUGAGCUCAGGUGGCUCCUCUGCUUUCUCCAGCAGCCGGGCAAAGGAGAAGAGCUGGGAUAGCCCCGUGCGCGUGGCAUCCAGUCGCUACCCACAGCACUCGUAGGGAUGGAUUCCAAAGGCAAUGUCCGAAGCGGAAACAAACCCGAUGCCAAGGCCCCCAGCUCUGGAAAGCCAGAAAAGCCCAACCCUGGGCCUGCCAUGAAUGCAGACAAGAAGGAGAUCCCCAAAGAGCAGCCUGCUCCUGCCACUGCCACCUCUGCCACCAAGAAGGCAGGUGGUGAUGCUGCCGUCGUGAACAACCACAGCAACCUGAAACCCAGCCCCGCCGCCACGGAGACACAAGAGGCCACCGGCCAGUCCCCUGACUCUGACCACAAGGGAAACAGCUCUGAGGAGUCACCAGGCAGCAUCUUCGACAACAUGAAGCCCUUGAUCAUCGUCGGAGGAGUGGCGGUGGCUGCGCUUGCUGUGAUUGUGGGAGUGGCAUUCCUAGCCCGGAAAAAAUGAAGACCGAGACGGGGUGGGGAUGAGAAACCCAGCCCAGCUGUACAGCUCCUUUUGAGACAAAUGCAUGCAGAAAAAUUCUAUACAUAUCUAUAUAUAGAGAGAGAGAGCUAGAUAGGUCAACAACAAACACCAACUGCAACUCCAAGAGUCUUGUUCAAGACGACUGUGCCAGUUUGACCCAGUGUGGGUAACUCCAUGCACUCAGUGUGUUCUUUCAUGUAAUAUAUCUUGGCUUAUACCACUGUGUAUAGAUUACAGCUUCUCCUGAUCGGUGUAAAUGACGGUGUCCCCUCCCCUCCCCUGCUGUCCUCCCUGGGAGACACCCCCACCUCUCUUGCAGUCCCCUGUUUUCAAGUCCAAAGUGUUCUACGUCCCAUCCAGAGUCCCUGCUUUGUGUUUUGGUUUCUGUUUGGUUUGUUUUUAAGUUGGGUUGUGGUAAAGAAGAUGUAAGGGGAGAUGGAGCCUAGUGCUAAGACCCAGUUUGCCUGUCACUGUGUGUUGGGCUGGUGUUUAUCCAGCACCCCCGGGGCAGGGGAAGCACUGGGCAAUCGCAGGCAAAAGGCAGCUCCUUCACCCAAACAGCAAAGCGUGAUCUCUAAUAGGUGUCUUGUGUACCUGCUGCUCAUCAACUCAGCUUUAAAAACCCAACUCGAAAGCACCCUAGAGAAAACAGGCUGGCUGCAGCUGGAGGCUGAGACUGCAGCAUGGUAGAGUUCAGUAUGUAACUUGGAACAUCACAUCAAGUCAUUUCUCCGGUUGAGCUGCCAGCAGGGGAGUGAGCAGAGGGGCCGUACUGUGACCGACAGCGCAGUUAGCAGCACAUGGAGAUACCUGGCGAAGUCCCAUGCCGACCUCAGACAGGCAGCAGCCGCCAUUCUGCUUGGUUUCUUGCACGUUGGCAGGCAGCCUUCAGGAUCCCAUGGCUCGCCAAGGUCAUAUGGGCAGCGUUUGGGGAGAGAGAGACUUUGUUUUGGAUCUAGUAUUUCCUAAAGUUAGGCUGGGCUUUGCAGGAUGCUGUGGCCUCAGCCCAAACUCCCUUGAGGUCAGCUGGACUCUUUCUGUUCAUUUCUUUGGGCUUUGGAUCAGGCCUUUCACUUGCUUUUUUCCCCCACUGAAGGCUAUGGCCUCUCGGUAUGUGAGAAAGUAGAAAAAGUGGAGAUAUGAGCUGGUUUUGGGGGCAGAGAGGACCUGGGAUCCCAUGAGAAUAAGACUGACCUGCUUUAUACCAGGGAAACCCUGUUCAAGGGCACUGGAAGUCUGUCUGUCCUGGGGGAAUUUCUUACCUCCCUCCUAUGACAGUAGCAGGGAUUUGUGACCUCUCCACACUUUGGAAAUGGAAACAAAUUCCCGGCCCUCAGGAACAGCCUGGUUUCAUUGGUGAGUACCUUGGCUCUAAAGCCAGACCUUGUGAGGGGGAGAAGGAAGGCAGGCAAUGGGAGAGGGUGUUUAGUGCAUUGGCUGAUGCCCUUCCCCUAACACCAAGAGGUGGGCAGAUCUUAUUCUGAAAGCUUCCAUUAGACUACUCUUGGCUGCUGCCUUAGUGCCAAAAAGAGUCUUACAAAAAAGACCUUACAUUUUGUUUUUAAAUUAGGUCAGAGAUUAGAUGAGGUCAGAACCAGAGUCUCUGGAGCUCAGCAGCAGUUGCACCCGAUGGGCAGGGUUUUGGAGCGAUGAUUAGCAAGAGGUUGUGACAAAAAGUGGAGUGAGUUCAGUUAAAGAGCCUUGGUCAUACAUCUUUAACUGAGCCUGAAUGUAUAAAUUCAGUGGGUACAGGGCCAGAGAAAGGUGUACGUUCCUAAGGUACUGCCUUUGCCGCAUCUGCUUCUGGCAAGAUUACUGGAUAGGAAGGUGGGUGUGUAUAACCUGAUCUGGCAAUUCUUCUCUUGGCUCAUGUCUGUCUUAUUUACCUCCAAAUUUGGUCUGCUGAAUGCACAUGGCUUGCCCAAACAAAAGGCCUUUUGAUGCAGCCUGGCCAUUCCUACGGUGAGCUCUGUCAUCCUCUUUUCCCCAAGGCUCAUAAAAUAUUCCCAAAGGUGCACAGCCUCUGGGAGUAUCAGAUGCUGUCUUCUGAUGAACAACAGGCUGCACGCAGCUGAAGUUUACUGUCUACCUCUACCUUUACCAGUACAGAGACAAGGGGUGGGCAUGUUGGGUUCACAGCGGUUUUUUGGAACGAGUGCUACAGCCCCAGGUGAAAUCCUGGUAGCUUAAAGCACUCCUUGCAUGUAUUGUGGAUGUGUCUCCUAGCAGCAGUAUGUCACUUACAGCCUGGAGAAUUUAUUCAGUUUGAAGCAGAAGGGUCCAUGGCGGGGUGUUUCUGGAAUGCCACUUUUGUCUAGAGAACUGAUUUCCCCUCAUCCUGUUUUGCAGAUAUU